AUGGAAGCGGGUACCUCACUGAGGUACUUUAGUGGAGAAGACUGCGACCAUCGUGAGUACAAGAGGUGGAAGCAAUGGGCGCUCAAUAAGAUGCGCACAAUGGACAAGCUGGCAGAAGAGGCACGUGGAUCGUUCAUUUGGACGCUCCUGUCCGGCCGUGCUCUAGAGGUAGUCGAGCACCUCAAAGAGGAAGACUACCAGGUGAAGGGGGGAGAGAAGAAGCUUUUCGAAUUGCUGGAUCGUCGGUGGCCCGAGUUGGACAGAACCGACGAGAUCGGCGAGAACAUCGCCGACGUGUUUGGACUGCGGGCCAAAGAAGGCGAGACCAUUCGCCAAUGGUGUGCAAGGGCCCGCGAAUGCUUCGACAAGUGUGCCCGUAAAACGGGCGUCAAAUUCCCAGAAGAAGCAAGAGGAUGGAUCUUGCUGAAUCAGAGUGGCAUGGCCGAGGAACAACGUGCAGUGUGCCUGGCUCGAGCUCAAGGAGACCUCAAGUUCGAACAGUUGGCUCAAUCCAUGAGGUCAUGCUUCCCCGACUAUGUGGUGCCUAAGCGAAGAUCCGCUGCUGUCCAUAUGGUGGAAGAGUUCCCUGCUGCCUCGUCGAAUGAACCGACGGGUGAGGAUUCCUUUCAAGACGUCGAGUUGUUUCUGGCCGAACAUGGCUUUGAGGAGAGCUCAACUCUGCCGGCAGAGGACUACAUCCAGGACGGCUUCGAUGAAGAAGAGACAGCGGAGAUCUUAGCUGCCACCUGGCGUGAGAAGCGUGCUGAGCUGAACAUGGUUCAGAAGGGGCGUAAGUUCACCCCGCCCGACAGUCGGCGAGGAGCCCCAGCUGGCAAGGACCUCAAAAGAUCCUUCCGGGUGCAGGUGAUCGACAGUCCGGUGCAAGAGCAUUUUGUCUGCGCCGCCGAAAGUUGCCCCGAGAUCGAGGUUUUCCUGGUGAGUAGUCCUGGAUAUGCAAUCUUGGACAGUGGCUGUGGCAAGACGAUCGUCGGACGAUCAACCCUCGAGUCCUUUCAGGCCAUUUGGAAGAAGCACGGCGUGCCUUGUCCCCAAGAGAAGGCUGAGCAGAACAGCUUUCGUUUUGGCAAUGGUGAGCAGGAGGUGAGCACCUCUGUGGUUGACAUGCCGGUCUAUUUGGCCGGUCGACCUGGAUACAUCAAAGCUGCCAUCGUCAAGGGCUCGGCACCAUUGUUGCUGUCUCGGCCUGCUCUACAGAGGUUGCAGGCCCAGAUUGACUUCGCAAAUGACAGCCUCACCCUGUUCGCUGGAAAGGUGAAUAUCCCAAUGGAGAUCAAUGCUGCCGGCCAGUAUGCCAUCUAUGUGACGGCAUUUCCUGAACAGGCGUCCCGUCUGUUCCCAGGUUCCGAGCCGCAGCCUGACCAGUCGAUCGAAGACAAUUGCCUCUCGGUAGAAUAUAACCACUCACAUGCAAAGAUGAAAGACUACUGGGAGUAUAGGCCCAAGGAUCGUAUGCUUAUUCGACACCACCUCAAGCCACGUACCACCAGGUUCACACCACAUAACACACAAUGCCCGGUCGCCGUCGACCGUCUCCAACACAUUCGUAACACACAUGCUUCCACAGUCAGGGACCUUGAAGACGAUUGGACUGAUCCGCUUAGUGCCCACGCCCAUCAUGAUGCAAUUCCCUGGACUGGCAAGACAGUCUUUCGACUCCUACGACAUGUUCCGCCGCCGACCAUCCCUCCGGCCCAGGAAGAACGGCUCCGGUUGAUGCAAUGGACUGCCAAGCAACAUCGGCAGUUGAUUGCUCAAGUCAAGGCGCCGGACCGUGACCAAACAGAACGGUAUGACAUCAUCGAAGUGUUUUCACCACCUCGUUUUGGUCUUGAAGGGAGUAAGCUGGGCCUCCGGGUCCUGUCGGCAGAUCUGUGCACCGGAUGGGAUUUUCGUAGGAAGGCCGAUCGGGAGUCAUUGAAAAGCCAUGUUCAAGUGAGUAAACCUAAGCUGCUUGUUUGUUGCCCUCCUUGCACUUGGGCGGGAGGAUGGUGGCACUUGAAUCGACAGUACAUGACCCCUCAAGAAGUUGCAAUCAGGGAAACGUGGACUCGGUUGUUCAUCAAGUUUUGUUGUGAACUCAUGGAGCUCCAGCUCACACAUGGAGGUCAAUGCAUGUUUGAGCACCCAAGAGAUUCGGUAGCUUGGAAUCUUCCGUCCAUGCAACAGCUAACCAAACGGAUGCACCUAGUGUCGGUAGACAUGUGCUGUUAUGGACUGCGCAUCCCAGGCGGAGAGUUGAUCCGAAAGUCCACCCGCCUUUUGGUCUCGCAUGACCGAAUGAGAUGCCUAGCCAAGCAAUGCCCUGGGUCUUCACAUGAGAGCCAUCGAUGUCACCAGCCAGUGGCCGGACAUCAUCGCAUGGUAGGUGCUGUCAGCAAACACGCUGCCAAGUACACCCCUGCUUUUGUUAAAGCCGUGUUGCGAGUGACCCAAGGGUUGCCGGUGACUGAAUCUCUCAUUGUGGUCGAAGACCGUUUGCAAGACGAGGACAAAGUCAAAACGAGCUUGAGACGACUUCACAACAACUUGGGACAUCCCACCAAUCAACAAUUGAUCCGAGUCCUGAAACAUGGUGGUGCUUCCGAAGCCGCGCUGAAUGCUGCCCGAGCCUUCCAAUGCGAUCAGUGCCUAGCCCAGAAGAGCCCAAAGGAGAUCGUUUGCGAUCCUCACCGAGCGAAUCUGCCCGACGCCUUUUCCUCGAUUCUCGAGAAGGGUGGCGCCUCUUUUAAGCUUAUAGCUGCUGAUGCCCACUGGCAACUCGGGAAAUGCGAGGUGCACGGGGGUUGGUUCGCCCGUGUGCUUGAUCGCAUCCUGUCGGAGCACUCCCCCUCCAACCGGGAGGAAUGGACUGAAUGUGUUAGUGCAGCACAUUGCAAAAACCAGUUGAUCCAGGUGUAUGGCAUGACCCCGUCACAAUUCGUGUUUGGCCGGAACCCCCGAAUUCCAGAAAACUUGUUGGACGAACCAUUAGAGAUAGUUCCUGCCACAUCAUCACUGUAUGAAGAAGCCGUGGCCCGACAGGCAGUUCUCGAACUGCAGGACAGUAAGGCACUUCGUCUGGCCUUGGCAGCCCGCCCUAGGGUAAACCACAUGCAUGAACCAGGUUCCUAUGUUGCCUAUUGGCGAUCCCAAAAGUGGGUUCACGGUUCUCUGGACAAGACCGGACGUUGGCAUGGACCUGCUGUGGUGUUGGGUUAUGUUGGCAGAAACGUAGUGGUCAUUCACAAAAGACAGGUCUUUCGCUGUGCUCCAGAACAAAUUCGACCGUCCACUCAUGAGGAGAAAAAGUUGGUUGAAACACCACACAUGGAACUCCUAGGAAUCAAACACCUGAUCGAAGCCGGAAAGCUUGAAAGCCGACAGUACAUCGACCUCGUGCCAGAGAGCUAUCCGAGCGAGCUGCCAAUGCCAGAGACAGAUACUGCCCCACGGCCUGUGGAAGGAAGCCCUGUCGACCUCCCGUCGAUGCCUGCUAGACCUGCCACAACAGGAUGUAAUGAUAGUCUGAGUCCACCUCCACUAUCAACCCCGUUGGAAAGUGACGAUACACAGGUCCCAGUGGAGGACAAGGCAACAACCUUCCGCGAAGAGCCGCCUGACACUAGGCCAUCCAAGACGAUCCCACAGCCACCACCUGAUGCUGACACGGUGGAUCCGACUACCGGCUAUGGGCCUGUCCGGCCUGUUCGACGGCGCAUUUUGCACAAGGAUGGAGCAUCCGCUCUAUACCGGCCGGGUCGUAUGAUGCAAGAUGACUUCCAAGACAUGAUGCAAGAGAUUGUUCCUCAGCUCAUUAAACAAGUCAUAGACACCACGCCACCGGCGUCAUCCGCCUCGGAACCGGUUGAGCCGAGUUCCACAGUUGAAUCACAGAGGGGCCAAAAGCGCAUGGUUGAUGACACCAGUGGUGCCGAGCAACCAGUAGGCAAACGUGCAGCCGCAUAUGAUCAUACACAUGACAUGGACGACAGCCUGAUCGUGGAACCAGUUGGCAGCACGUUCGCCAAGGAUGAAGUAGCCAUCUGUUCUGUCGAGGUUUUGCAACAACAAAGUUAUGAUCCCAGGAGCGAUAACCUCUCUCUAGAAGACCUAAAUCAACUGAUCUCCAUGUAUCGGGAAGGAACGCCACAUGAAAUUCUUGUAGCAACAUACCUCAAGAAGAAGGCUGCUAAAGAGCUUCCCGUGUCAGGUAACCCGACCGAAAUCCAGAUUAAGAUCGACGAGGCCAAAUUGUUGGAAUGGAAUACCAUCCUAGCUAAGCAUGCAGCCAGAUUAGUCCUAGGACCCGAAGCCGAGGGAGUCCGUAGACACCACAGUGACCGAAUCAUGGGUAGUCGAUAUGUCAUCACGGUGAAGCAAGAAGAUGACUCGGCACCACGCAUGAAAGCACGCUGGUGCCUUCAGGGCCACUUGGACCCAGAUCUCAGUGAGAAGGCCAUGCAAGGUGAUCUUCAGAGUCCCACCUUAAGUCAGGUCGGACGUAAUCUGAUCUUUCAGCUUCUGUCAUCCUUUCGUUGGAAUAUGUCCUUGGGGGACGUAAAAGGGGCAUUCCUAGCAGCGGGUGAUCUACCACAACGGUACCGCCCUCUCUACGCUAGUCUCCCAAAAGGUGGCAUCCCUGGAGUUCCCGAAGAUGCCCUGAUAGAGGUCUGUGGACAUGUGUACGGGUUGAACGACUCGCCAGCUGCAUGGUACAAAAAGCUGUACCAAGAACUAACACGGGUUGGUUUCGAGAGGUCACGAUUCGAUUCUUGUCUCUUUUACUUUCGAGAAGAAGGAAAACUGACCGGGAUCUAUGGGGUUCAUGUUGAUGACUGUGUGACCGGAGGACAGAGACCAAAAUACUCAGCAGCCAUCCAAGAGCUUCAACGGGUGUUCGAAUUCAGAAAAUGGAGAAAAGGGUCUGGGGAUUUUUGUGGUAGUCAAUACUUUCAGGACCCCAAUACACAUGAAAUCACCAUGAGCCAGAGCCGUUUUACCAAGGAGAAGGUAAGACCCCUCCACCUCAGUCGGGAAAGGGCUCGUGUUCGAGACGUUGCACUCGAUGCCAAAGAAGUGAGUUGUCUUAGAGCGAUCAAUGGCAGCUUGAACUGGUUAGCAAACCAAUCCAGACCAGACCUAGCAACUCAGGUGUCCUUCUCACAACAGUCCUUCCCACAACCUUGUGUGGAAGAUGCCAUAGCUGUGAACCAUGCGGUCCGACGUGCAAAACAACACUCGGAUCAAGAAAUUCGUUUCUGUGCCAUUGGUCCCAAUGACCUGGCUCUCAUGUGUCAUUCAGAUGCGGCGUUCGCCAACGCCAAAGCAGGAGCGACACAAGCAGGGUUCAUAGUAAGCUUUGUGCAUAAAGAUGUGAAUCUAGGUAAGGACUGCAAAUGUUCUCCAGCGUAUUGGAAGAGUUUCAGGUUACCAAGGGUUGUUUCCUCAACGUUGAGUGCAGAGGCCCAAAGUAUGUCGGUUGCUUCUAGCAUGUUGGAAUGGACCAAUCUCAUCCUUUCGGAAGCCUUAGACGGUUCUAGGUGUCCACAAAGCCUAUGGGGUAGUUUGGGAAACCGGUUAACCAUGCUUGUGACAGAUUGCAAGUCCUUGUACGACCACCUGAGCUCCCAGUCGUCACCAACGCUGGACGAUAGGCGUACCGCCAUCGACAUCGUCAUACUCAGGGACAGCAUUCGUCGAAUGCAAGCAACACUAAGGUGGAUCCCGACAAACAGAAUGUUGGCUGAUGCUCUAACAAAAGAAAGUCCAGAAGCCUUUGACUUGUUGAGAGCCUGUUUGAGGUCCGCCCGAUACCAAAUAAGCCCAGAGGAGCUUGUGUUGCAGCGCAGAGCCCAAGAACGUGAUAGACGAAAACAGUUUGCCUCUAGCUCGAAAUCGCAGAACCAUGGCGAUGUCCAGUGGACUGAGUGCCUUCACUCCUGCGGUACCAUGAAGGCCAGGAAGUGCGGUGCAUGGGAUGCCAUCAUGCACCGGGUCCGUGAUGCUGAGGAUCUGGCUUUGGACGAAGCUUGGUCUCCUUCCCUUUCUGGCUCUAUGUCGGAUGGAUCGAAGCGAUUGCGUGAGGACAGGGCUCCAUCAACACCAGUGACGUACGGAUCCGGCUACACAACUGCUGAUCCGCCUAUGCCUUCCGAGAAGAACCUGAUCGCUAGCCCAAGUCCUGGUGGCGAGUUGCCACAUGGGGUGUCGACAAUCACCCAAUGGGGAAAGACGGUGGUGUCCUUUGGGAAGUACAAAGGCUCCAAGAGCUAUGCUGAAAUGUUUGAAAGCACGAGCGAAGAUUUGGCCAGCUAUCGUAGCUAUUGCCAGUCCCACUACCAGAGUGGGUCACCGGCCUUGCGAGAUUUGGUUGACUACUUCCGCGCCCGCGGAAUGCAUCAUGAAGCAAGCCAGUCUGUCAUCCCCGGCAGCUCCAUUCGACGUGUGUACAAAAACACUUAA